ACUCCACGAGCUCUCUCUCCCCCCCUUCUCUCUCUCUCUCUCUCUCUCUCUCUCUCUCUGAGCCUCUCUGCAACUCCCAUUUCGAUUUUUCAGGGUUAUGAUGAGAAACUGAUUUAGUGGGCAAAUAAAGAGAGAAGGAAACAGAGUAGAAGAAAUCGAAACCCCACCAAGAAAAGAGAGAUAAAGAGUCAGAGGGAGGGCACACACAUAACGAUGAUCAAUUGAUCAUCUUUCAUGACCAGUUUUUUGUUUGUUUUCAUUCUGGGUUUUUAUUCAUGACCAGCCGUUGUUUUUAACUUUGUAAUUUGGGCUGGCCCUUGUUUGCUUCCAAAAUCUGAAUCAUUUUUCUGAUAAACCAGUUUUGCUGAGAGUUUAGUACUAAGCAAGGACACAAAACCAGAGCAUAAAAGAAAACAAAAACAAGAAAGUGGAAAUAAAGCUGAGCCCAACAAGCAAAAGAAGGAACAAAAUACAAACUUUCUUUGUUCUGUUGUCUGAUGCAUGCACGUCUUGUCCUUUGAUCAUGACUCUAGAGGGUCUCUUUGCAUGUCGGUUUUGAGCUUUUGGGGAUUCUCUCUUUUCUUUCUUGCUUGACAGAGUUGAUAAGAGAGAAGCAAGAGCGAGAAACUCGCGGAAGCAGUGAGCUUUUUUUUAACCUUUUUUUCCCUUGGGAUUUUUCUGAGUCUUUUAGAUAUGGAGGUCACAGAGUUCUAGCAGAUAAUAGUUUCAUGGAAUCUUUUCUGGAAUUUCUGAUUUCUGGGAUUUCUCAAGAUGGUUGUUUUGACUGUAGUACUAGCACUCUUUCAUCCACCAUUCUCUAACACCAUAGAGCUUAAAAAGUCACAAUCUUCUGCUGUAUUCUGGAGUUUCAUCUUCAAUCUGUGGCAGUUUGGGAGUGAAAGUCCUCACCUUUCUCUAGAAAUUAUAUAGCUAUACUGACCAGAAAGCAAGCUCUAAUGGCAGACAAUAACUCUUUACCCUCCCCGGCAGACAAAUACACAAAACCCACUUCGUCUUUCUUCACUUCUCCGAGAUUGUUCACUAGUUUCACCUCAAAAGGUUACUCUGAAACCGACGCUGUAAUGAGCCCAACUUCCAUACUCGAAACCAAGCCAUUCUUUGGUCUAAGAAACCCCUUCUGGUCUGAAUCAAACACCCCAAGAACCCCAGAACCUGAAACCAAACGCCCAUGGGACAAAUUGGACCCCAAAGGCAUUGGCCUUGCCAUUGUUGAUGCUCUCAAUGAUGAUGGCUCUAAUCCAAAACCAUCAAAACCCGAAAGCCGGAUGGUUAUUUUUGGGUCACAGCUUAAGAUUCAAAUCCCUCAUCUGCAGCCUUCUGUUCUCUCACCUUCUGAUUCACCAAAAUCUGCAGCUGAUUUCAGCAUCAGGACCAAGAAUUCUCAAUUGGGUUCUUUCUCCUCUGUCUCGUCUGAGUCCCCAGCUAAGAAUUCCCCAUUUAAAUCUGCGAAUUCAGGCCUUGAGACCAUGAAUUCGGCUCGGGUUUUCACAAGCUGUCUCUCUGUUAGUGAAAUGGAGCUCUCUGAAGAUUAUACUUGUGUGAUUUCCCAUGGUCCAAACCCAAAAACCACUCAUAUCUUUGACAAUUGCAUUGUGGAGAGCUCUGAGGGUGUCCCCGAAUUUUCUCCAGGCGGGAAGGUAAAUGGUUCAAGCUAUCUGUCUGAGAGUUUCCUCAGCUUCUGUGACAAUUGCAAGAAGAAUCUUGGGCCGGGCAAAGAUAUUUUCAUGUACAGGGGUGAGAAGGCAUUCUGCAGCCGUGAAUGUCGUUACCAGGAGAUGUUGUUGGAGGAGGAGGGAGUGGAUAAACUGUGAGCUGACCAGGCCUAUGGAAAUUGUUCCUGACACUUCACUGGAAAAGCAACAAAUAUCAGUCUUGCCUUCAACAGAGAGAGAGCCUUCUUUUUUUCCCUUUCAUUUUGGUUCUAAUAAUAGGGAAAGAUACUCUUUUGUGUCAUUAAAUAUAGUCUAUGAAUUGCAGAUACAUGCAAGACAAAGUGGUAGUUGAAUUUUCUGGGAAAGUGUAUCUCUUUUCUUUUUCAUUUCCCUUACUCUUUUUUUUCCUCUAGGCUCUCCCUCAUUUUCCUUUUUUCUUUUUUUCUCAGUGCUUUCUGCUUUCCCCUCCUUGUAGAGAGUUGUAGAGGAGGGAAUGAAAGGCUGAGAUGUUGUAGAGUUAAAUUUUGUUGAAAUGAUAAUUUGGUAAUUGUUGUUGGGUUUCAAA